AUGCCCAUCACGGCAACAGCAGCCCCGUCUGGAAGCACUGUCGAGAACUACUGUAGGCAGCGGUUGCUAACCAAGAAUACAAUACCAUUGCAUACCAGUACCAGUGAUAGUGUUGAUGUUAAGUGCAUACAUAGGCGAACACCGGACAUAACUGUAUACCGGGUCCGGUGGAAAGGGUACGGCCCCCAGUCGGACACUUGGGAACCGGAGUCCAACCUUCGCACCGUAUGGCGAAUGAUCGAGCGAUACAAAGCGCGACACAACUCCAAAAUGUCUUUAUUAUCUACCGGUGCGACCACUACUACAGCCAACGGCACCGGCAGGCGUCGCGGCCGGCCCUCAACCAGUUCUACAUCCAGUACAGCCAGCACUGGUAGCUCCGGUACUAACAAAAAUAGCGCACAAACCAGUCAGAAAACUAGUGGUACCGGCGCUGCCGCUAGCGGUGGGGAACGGGAGGACAGGCAGUCGGCCUCGCUAUUGAUCAGACGGCACCCAAAACAGACGCUUAAAAUUCGUAUAAACAAUAGUACCGGUGCUAAUAAACGCCUGAAUCCUGGCACCGGCAGGGAACGGGUGGUGAUCGGGCGCACCGGUAGCCAGAAAAAGCGGCUAAAGUAUAGCUUUGUGGCCGAAAACGGCACUAAAAACACGUUUUGGAAGGACUUGGAGGACGGAAAGAUAGAUGUGUUCAAAGAGGAUCUGUACUCACGGGUCAAGUCUAGAGCGGCGUCCAGCUCCAAGAGCUCGGGCAGCACCGGUAGCUCCAACUCAUCGGCCGAUAAUUCACCGAAACAGUCGACUCCCGAUUCGGGUUCGCCCGUAAACAGUGAUACUAAUGAUGAACCGAACCGCACCGGUAGUGGUACUGAUGAUAGUAGUGGUGAUUCCGGUGCUACCGAUGCUACAGACUGCGAGUACAUAGAGGACGGGGAUCUGAGGGUACGGCUCUGCAAAACGGAAGCCCUGGUGUCGGCGCUGAAGGCCGGAGAUAGAGAGUUGGCCCGCAUUUUGAUUGACAACGGGUCGGACGUGAACUCGACGACCGGCACCGGUAGCCGAGGAUCGACGCCACUGAUGAUAUGCGCAGAACAGGAUAUGUCGGCUAUGGCUGAGUUUCUGUUGAGUGUAGGCGCUCACAUGGACAGCCUAAAUAAGGACGGCGACACGGCCUUGAUUAUUGCCAGUCGUUUGGGACACAACGAUAUAAUCAAACUGUUAUUGACUAACGGCUCAAACUUCGCACAAAUCAAUCGGAAAGGUAUGAAUGCAUUGAGAAUGGCCCGAACCAGUGGCCACCCAUCCACUCAACUGCUGCUCAUUGACCACAUAUCCAGACUGGCUCUAUCGCUGGAGGACCAGGUGAUGGCCACACUGCGGGGUACGGCUCGUAUAGUGAACGCCUUGUUUCCCAUACAAUGCUAUUCCGUGAAUGAGUGCCAAGAGUUUAAGCUGUCGUUUGAGUUUGAUUUGGACCGACAGUUGCACCGACAGCCAGGCGUGGGUUAUAUCCUAUUCUGCGGCAACACUACCGUUACCCCAACGGACAUCAAAUGCCAAUUCUGUGGACCCGAUGUCAUACAAGAAGUACUUCUCAACAAAACCGUACAAAAGCCGUUAACUGAGGGCGCACAAUAUGUCUUCUCAUUCCUACCGCUGGUUCGCGGGACCAAUGAAUUGGUGGUUAAGACCGUCGACAGGAACGGUAGUGUCGAUGACCAGGAGGUUGAUACCAGACAUACGAAGCUACUGGUGUGCGCCUAUGAGCUGCAGCUUAUAACUGGUCGCACCGAUAUGUCAGUGAAAUAUCUACUAAUCCUGGUACUCGUGGCGCUGGUACUGAGCGCACAGUACAUCGAGUCUACACCACUGGCAUCGGGCACCGGUAUGCUUGGAAAAAUAGUAGCUAAACGUGCGGCCGAUCCCCGUCCUUGUGAUAGCGACAUGCUUGUCGACCAUAACGAUAAAGACGAGCCCGCGUAG